AGGAAAUGAUGGACAAUCGAAGCUUCUCUAAUCUGCCAGAAAAACUGCCUGCCUUCUCGGAUUCUGCCCACUUGCCACUGACCAGGUCCUUCUAUCUGGACCCCAUGGUCACUUUCCACCUGUACCCUGAGGCCCCGGUGCCGUCCCCUUACCCUGAAGACCUGCCAUUGCUGCCCUUUCCCAGCGAUUCCCUGAUCAUGGAGAAUUAUGGUGAACCCUGCCCCUUCUCCUUCCCAAUGCCUUAUCCAAAUUAUAGAAGGUGUGAAUACUCCUAUGGCCCGGCUUUCAUCCGCAAAAGGAAUGAGCGGGAAAGGCAGCGGGUAAAGUGUGUCAAUGAAGGCUACGCCCAGCUCCGACAUCAUCUACCAGAGGAGUACUUGGAGAAGCGACUCAGCAAAGUGGAAACCCUCAGAGCUGCCAUCAAGUAUAUUAAUUACCUGCAGUCUCUUCUGUACCCUGAUAAGGCUGAGACCAAGAAUAACCCUGGGAAAGCUUCCUCCAUAAUGGCAGUCACCAGCUGCCACACUGACCCCAUUUUUAGAAUCAUUUGACUCAGUGUUUCUGAAAAGAAACAAAUAAUUUCACAAAACGGUUUUAUUACAGCAUCAUUCACUAGUUUUUCCUAAACGUAACUUCUGCACAGGGAGGUAACAGCUCCAAUGUCCAGCUUUGCUGGGUGUUUCCAACCAGGGUUCGGGUGUACUAAAUGUGAUCUUAUGGGGAUUGAGAAGAUGCAUCUUAAGCUUUGGUGAUUUCUUUCAAGAACUUUAGAGGAGCAGGGGUCCCCAGGAUUCUCUAUACCCCUCACCUUGCCCUUCUCACACACUUGGCCAGGGGCUCAGCUGAGAAGCCCUCACAAAAGUAUUGUAAAGUCUGACCAAUGAGUAGUCAAUGCUUGUAACACCCUCUGCAAACACU